GACAAACCUGACCAACGAGACAACUCCUAAAGCCUGUUAAUCUGCUGAAAUGUUAAACUGGUAGACAGACUACUUAUUACCUUCAAAUAGUUUUGAACUAUGUAACUAUGAAGCUGUUUUUCUUGCUGUGGAUUCUGCCUGUAACCUUAGGAGACACUCACAUCACCUGUAUCUAUUCUGAGGAAUGCAUGUUACCUUGCACAUCCACACACCUUGAUAUCAUCCACUGGUAUCUGGAUAAAAAAGCAGUGCAUUCAUAUUACAACAAUCAAGACCAGCUGGGCUAUCAGCACAAGGACUACAAGGGAAGAACAUCCCUGUUUUCGCAACCUGAAAUUAAAAAUGGAAAUGUAUCACUCUUGAUAAGAAACAUCAGCGUCCAAGAUGAAGGCAGAUACAGGUGCUACGCUGCUGAUGAUAGAACAAAUGAUGAGAAGUACGUGGUUGUGGCAGUGGAAGCUCCAGCUAAAGCAGUGGAUAUCAGAUUAAAAGAUGAUACAGUGAUCUGCACCACCAAUGGAGUUUAUCCAGAACCAAAAGUCUUGUGGUCCUCAGACCCUCCAGCAGUUCAGAGGCCACUGAACACUUUCAGCCAAACAGAAGAUCACCUGUUUACGGUGACAAGUCAACUUAAAGUGGAUGUCAUAAGCAAUACCGACACAUAUAACUGCUCGAUAACUACUAAAAAUGCACGCUAUACAGCUACUCUAAAACAACAAGCAGCUUCAGAAGUCAAGAAUGAGUUCAUUUUCAAAUGUCCAGUCCCUAAGGACUUUGACUACACUCUCACCUUGAGAUCUUCCACCAACAUCCUGACAUAUGACAGCAAAACCUCUAUGAAAGAAAUCUCAGAGCAGUGGAGAAACAAAGUUACCUUUCAUCCAGAAAACGGAACCAUUAUACUUUCUGAUCUUAAUCAAGAACAAAUGGGAACAUACACAUGUGAAAGCACUACAGCCCACAACAGAUACAUUACACAAGCCAAAAUCCAAUCAAGUGGUGGGGGAAUUGCCUUCAUACUUGUCGGCAUUAUAGCAGCCAUUAUUAUAAUUAUUAUUGCUGCCUCUGGUUUCAUUGUAAUUAGAAGGAAGUUAUCAAAGAAAUCUAAAGACACAUCAAGCACAAAAAAGACAUCAAAACCUGCUAAAGAGCAAGAGUUGCAGCAGUUAAAUGGAACAACGCAAUAAUCAUGUGACAAGUCUUGAGGAUGAAAAAUGACAAGGAAAUCCGGCACGGAUAUUGUCAGUAUUCAUAUUUAUUGUUCAGGAAUUAAAUGAAGACAAGCCUGAAGAUAAAUAAGAAGAUUCUUGAAGGCAAAAGCAUGCUGGGACGAACAAGAGAGAGCAGAGAGGCGAAUAAAGUGUGUGUGAAAUUUCAGUGAACAUUGAAUGGGAACGAACACCAAACUCAAGGGUACACUUGUAAACUCACUGCUAGAUCACAGACUUUCAAGCUUCAAGGUUUUAGUCAGUUUUUUCUCUAUGUUGAAGGACUGUUCCUGCUAAUUUUUAACAUACUUUACCUUAGAAGUGGAUAGAUCAGAUUUCAUUACCCUUCUAGCGUCUCAGGGCCAACCAGUUUUUUUCUCAUUCCACUGUAAACCAGGAAAUCAGUUCUUAAAAGUUACUACAGAUUAAGCCAAAAAAAAAAAAAAAAAACGACGACGACAGCAACAACAAAUGAACGAGCAAUUUUUGUUUUGUUGCUUGAUUUUUUCAGAAGGUGCUAAUCUGAAACUUCAUGCCAACCCUACAAUGAUCUAUCCUGUCUAUUUACCUGUCUAUUACAUUUUAGUCAUGUUUUUCUGCUGUUCUUUCACCUGAUGUGUAAAUAUGUAAAUUCCUGCCGGAAUUGCACUAUGCUUCACUUUAAUGAAAUUAUCUUGGUUAUGAAGGAUGUUAAUACAUAACUUUUAAAAUUCAA